AUGCCAGCCCAUGGGAAUGGAAACCUCUCCGCAGCGCCUGUGUGGGGCUUCGUGCUGGAGGGCUUCCAGGGCGGGCUGGAGACCCAGGCCCUGCUCUUCGCCGUCUUCCUGGCCCUGUACCUGGUGACCGUGCUGGGCAACCUCACCAUGAUCGUGCUCAUCACCCUGGACGCCCGCCUGCACUCCCCCAUGUACUUCUUCCUCAAGAACCUGUCCUUCCUCGACCUCUGCUACUCCUCCGCCAUCGCCCCCAACGCCAUCGCCAACUUCUUCUCCUCCUCCAAGGCCAUCAGCUUCGCCGGCUGCGCCACGCAGCUCUUCUUUUUCUCACUGUUGGUUACCACCGAGGGCUUCCUUCUGGCUGUGAUGGCCUAUGACCGCUUCGUGGCCAUCUGCAGCCCCCUGCGGUACCCUGUGGCCAUGGGCCCAGCCACCUGUGCCCGCCUGGUGCUGGGUGCCUAUUUUGGAGGCUGCCUCAACUCCAUAGUAGAGACCAGCCUCACCUUCCGCCUGCCCUUCUGCAGGUCCAACCACAUCGACCACUUCUUCUGCGAUGUGCCGCCCCUGCUCCAGCUCUCCUGCGCCAGCACGGCGCUCAAUGAGCUGGUCAUGUUUGCCAUCUGUGGGCUCAUCAUUGUGGGCACCACUCUAGUGGUCCUGGUCUCCUACGGCUACAUCACGGUGACCAUCCUCAGGAUGCGCUCGGGCUCAAGUGGGCACAAGGUCUUCUCCACCUGCGGCUCCCACUUAACAGCCGUGUCCCUCUUCUACGGGACAGUGUUUGUCAUGUACGCCCAGCCAGGGGCAGUGGCAUCCAUGGAGCAGGGCAAGGUGGUCUCCAUCUUCUAUACCCUGGUCAUCCCGAUGCUCAACCCGCUCAUCUACAGCCUGCGGAACAGGGACGUGAAGGAUGCCCUGCGGAGGCUGGGACAGAGAUGCACAGCCUGA